CGGAAGCGGAAGAGCUGCGGCGACACAGCGCGUUCCGUCUCCGGAGCGUGGUGCCCUUGGGCUGGCUGGGGACGAUGGCGGCGCUGGUGUUGUUGCGAGCGGGGCUGGCGCGGCCCCGCGGCGCCCAGAUGGCUCUCCUCGGGAGGACCCUUGGCCGCCGCCCCGCCGUCCUGGCGGCCGUCGCCGAUCGGAGCGCUCCGGCCCGGCAGAGCCACAGUUCCCCGCAGCAGGGCCACGGCAGUUCCAGGGCUGCGUCUUUGCACUGGACAGGUGAGCGAGCUGUCAGUGUCCUCUUGCUGGGCCUCCUUCCUGCAGCCUACCUGUAUCCUGGACCAGCCAUGGACUAUUCACUGGCUGCAGCCCUUACUCUCCAUGGCCACUGGGGUCUUGGACAGGUUAUAACUGACUACGUUCAUGGAGAUACACCCAUUAAAGUGGCCAAUACGGGUCUGUAUGUACUGUCAGCCGUUACCUUUGCUGGCCUCUGCUACUUUAACUACCAUGAUGUUGGUAUCUGCAAGGCUGUUGCUAUGCUGUGGAGCCUCUAAGAUGCGAUGAAGUCCCUGACAAACAUGAUUGUUCACUGCUGCCUCUGCUUCUUCAUAUUUUUAUCAACACGUUUAAUGCGACACAAAUGGAUCCAUAGUAUGUACAUACUGCAGCAAGUUCAGAACUAGACUUUUAGAAAUAAAUAUCCAACAGCAGUAAAAUGUUAGAAAAGAAAAAGUAAAUUUAAAGUGGAUGAACUACAGGUGAGGGUGAGUUGAUUUAAGCUGCACUGUAGAUUGGGAGGAAUUAGUUCUAUCAGUGGCAGACUUACAUAGCUGAAGGUUACCUUCCUUGUAAGGGCAGCUUUAAUGAGUGUUUUUCUAAAACAACUGUUUGGUUUCCUACUUUGUAAAACAAACUUGGCUUGUGGAAAACUAAACUCUUAUUUCUGACAUCACAACAACUGAACUGUAUGUAAGGCACACGCUGUAACUCUUUGGACCCUAAGAGUUGAUACAGAAAAGGGAAUAUUUUUUUCUUAAUCCAUACAAUAAAGAAUUUACAGAAAUUG